CCCACUGUUCGAUCCGCGUCGAACGAAGCUGCCCGAUUAUUAUACCGUCACGCGUUGGAACCGAACAAGCGUCACGAUGUUCAACCUCUUCUCCCUGAAGCAGCAGAAGCAGCAGCAGCAGCAACAAGAAGUGGGGCGAAGGGUGAAUGGGCGUCCCUCGGCCGCUCUGAUGCGCGUCACGAAAGACAUCGGCGAACUCGACCUUCCGAAGACGUGUCAGACGGUGUUCCCAAACCCCGACGACUUGACCAACUUCAAGGUGAUCAUCUGCCCCGACGAGGGCUUCUACCAGAACGGUCGAUUCGUGUUCAGCGUCCUCGUCGGGCCAAACUACCCGCACGAACCACCCAGGGUGAAGUGCGAGACCCGGGUGUUCCACCCGAACAUCGACCUCGAGGGCAACGUGUGCCUCAACAUCCUGCGCGAGGACUGGAAGCCCGUGCUGUCGCUGGGCACGAUCGUGUUGGGCCUGCAGUUCCUCUUGCUGGAGCCCAACACCGAGGACCCACUGAACAAGGAGGCCGCCGAGGUACUGCUUCACAACCGGCAGCUGUUCCAGCAGUACGUCGAAGACUCCAUGUGCGGCAAGCGGGUCGGCAGCGCGCACUACGAGCAUUGUCUCUCGUAACGGCUCCCUCCCUCUAGGCCGAUGUCAAUAAAGUGC